GCGCCCGCACCGCUCCCGCAGCCGCAGCCGCGCCAUGGAGCGCCGCGUCGCCCGCGAGUUCCGGCACAAGGUCAAUCUAUUAAUUGACAAUGAAGCGGAGAAGGAUUACCUUUAUGACGUGCUGCGGAUGUACCACCAGUCUAUGAAUCUCCCAGUGCUUGUGGGGGACCUAAAACUGGUGAUUAAUGAGCCAAGCAGGCUGCCUCUGUUCGAUGCUAUCCGCCCACUCAUCCCAUUAAAGCACCAGGUGGAAUAUGAUCAGCUUACACCCAAACGAUCACGAAAGCUGAAAGAGGUGAGAUUGGAUCGAUUGGAUCCUGAAGGGCUCGGAUUAAGUGUAAGAGGUGGAGUGGAAUUCAGCUGUGGCCUCUUCAUCUCCCAGUUGGUUAAAGGAGGGCAGGCAGACAAUGCUGGACUUCAGGUUGGGGAUGAGAUAGUGCGCAUCAAUGGAUAUUCCAUUUCAUCAUGUACACAUGAAGAAGUCAUCAACCUCAUUCGUACAAAGAAAGUUGUGUCCAUAAAAGUUAGGCAUGUUGGCAUGAUACCUGUCAAAAGUUCUCCAGAUGAACCCCUUAAAUGGCAGUAUGUGGAUCAGUUUGUGUCAGAGUGUGGGGAAGGAAAGGGCAGUGUGGCUGGACUUGCUUCUUCUGGAGGGAGAGACAGUAAAGAGAAGAAAGUCUUCAUUAGCUUGAUUGGUACAAAAGGCAUGGGAUGCAGUAUUUCCAGUGGUCCAACACAAAAACCAGGCAUUUUUAUCAGCAAUGUUAAGCCAGAUUCUCUUUCAGCAGAGGUGGGCUUAGAGGUUGGUGAUCAGAUUGUUGAGGUGAAUGGAGUGGACUUUUCUAAUGUGGACCACAAAGAGGCUGUCAGAGUGCUCAAGAGCAGCCGUACUUUGACUAUCUCUGUGGUAGCAGGUGCUGGCAAGGAGCUGUUCCUGACUGAAGAAGAAAGGCAAAGAGAAGCACGUCUCCGUGAGCUGGAGCGCCAGGAGUUAAUGCAUCAGAAGCGGCUUGCGCUGGAGACCAACAAAAUCAUCAAAGAGCAGCAAGAGAAAGAGAGAUUAAGAAAGCUGGAGAUUUCCCAGAAGGCUGCAGAGGAAGAGGAGAGAUAUCGCAGAGAAAUAGAGCAGAUAACAGCAGAGGAAGAGAAAUUUAAAAAGGAGUGGGAAGAAGACUGGGGUCCUAAAGAACCACCCAAGUCUCUAAAAACUGUAACUGCAGAAGUGCACUCUCCCCCUCGUUCCAAACACAAAACUUUUGGAUGGUUUUAUCGGUAUGAAGGGAAAUUUCCCACAAUCCGUAAGAAAGGGAAAGAACGAAAGAAGUCAAAAAGCGAUAGCUUUUGUGAACAGAAGAAGAACAAAAAGGAAAUGGAGUUUGAGCAAAAACUUGCCAAAGAGAAGGAAGGAAUGCUGGAAAGAGAAAAACAAUUGAAAAUAAAUCGUCUUGUGCAAGAGGUAUCUGAGACAGAGCGAGAAGACCUGGAAGAAUCAGAAAAGGUUCAGCACUGGGUGGAAAGACUUUGUCAAACACGGUUAGAACAGAUCUCCUCUGUGGAGAAUGAGUCUCCUGAGCUGGCGAGCGGCCGUCCCUCUCCCCCGGCCGCCUCCAUGCGGCGCUUUGCCGGGGGCCUGCAGCUGCACACCACCGACCUCGAUGACAUCAACUUAGACGAAGUUGACAAACCCAAACAGCGCGCGCCGCCGCCACCUCCGCCACCGCCGCCGCUGCCCACUGUAACCCCAACACCGCCAGCUCAUCCACCUCCUGCCUCAAAUGCCCCACGAGGCCCAGCCCUGUUGGUAACACCAGCAUCCCAGGUUGCAAGAAACACCUCCCACGUUGGCAAAGCGUCCCCUGUGUCAAGCAACCCGCUGCAACUUGCUCCAAGUCCACCUACCCAGCGUCAUCCAGGGGUACCAAUAGUCUCUAAACCAGUUAUGCUGCAUCCUGACCCAAACUUCGUGGUCAGGCCAACAAUCAAAUCAGAGGCCCUGGGCUUCCAGAAGUAUGUGGAAGAUUUUGAUCCAUAUUCAAUGUUUACCCCAGACCAGAUUAUAGGAAAAGAUGUACGGCUAUUACGAAUAAAAAAGGAAGGAUCACUGGACCUUGCAGUUGAGGGAGGAAUUGAUUCUCCAAUUGGAAAGAUAGUUGUGUCUGCCAUCUAUGAGGACGGUGCUGCAGAUAAACAUGGAGGCAUAGUGAAAGGGGAUGAAAUACUGGCUGUAAAUGGCAAGAUAUUAAUUGACAGCAAGCUGGCAGAAGCACAGGCAACUCUAGCAAAAGCUUGGAACAUGGGUGGGGAUUGGAUUGACUUAGUCAUUGCAGCAUCACCUCCAAAAGAAUAUGAUGAUGAAAUCCCUACCAUUCCCUCCUCAGCAGUCAGUCCCAGCACACACAGAAAGGUUUUUGAAGGCAGUGCACCUGUGUACAGACAAGGGUAUCUCCUGCAGCUGUAGCCACUGCAGUGUCCCUCAUGGUGAAUAGCACACCUGGCUUAACAUGACUGGCCAUUGACAUUUUUUUAAGGAAGACUACAAAUCUUGAAAUGGAACCUCUUCUCACCAGAAAUCUGCUGCUCUGUAAAUUAAUAGGAAAUCAAUAACCAUGUGAAAUGUAUCUUUAUUGACUGACAUGUAAAUUGAACUAGAGACAUCAGGUUCUUCAGAUAACUUGAAUAAUUUAUUAUCAUUCUAUAGACAUACAGCAAAACUUUUUUUGCAUGAUGAUUUAAAAGAACUGCUGACCAGCAUAGUUCAGACUGUGAACACUCGAUCUUAUUUGCUAUUUUGAGGGGCCAAAUUUUGCAUCUUUCAGUUUUCCUGGAAAUAGAUUCUAAAAUGACAAAUGAAGAUAGAACACAGAUGUCUGUUCCCACAUGGAACACUUGUGAAUACACAUUCACGGGCCAGUUUGGGUGUGAAAAGAAUUAUAUUUUUACUUCCUAGAUAGUGAUUUUCAUGGGGAAAAUGAGAAAGUACGCAGGUAACUUCUGUUCUCAUAUGCUUUUAGCUUUCUUAAUAUCCAUUUUUAUGUCUCAGUUGUGAGGGUUUUUUCACCAUAAAAACCCUGCUGGUAAAAGAACUGGGAAUACCAGGAAUGCAAGCAUUAAAAUCAAAUAAUUUUGGUUGUGUUGCUCAUACAGUAUGGAAGAUCUUCUGCAGCAGCAGAGUAAAUAACUAGCAAGUAGCUUAGAUAAAAUCAUUAUGUGCAGUCACAUCCAUACUCCCAAGUAUUUGUAUUGUUGGCAAAAAUUCCUCCCUCAUCUAGUCAUGGGUGGGAAAUUUGGGUGUGAUUCACAGUCUGCUGUUUUGUACUUUGUUCUCAGUGAGCCUAUAUAUGUGACUAAACUGUGCAGGAAGCCACCAAGUGUAACUUUCUGCUCUUGGUGACUCUGUGCCUUAGAUUUAAGUAAAUUCCUCAAGACCAUAAAAUUGAUGUUUUGCUAGUGCUUGGUUUCAAGUACUAUUAUAGUUGUAGACUUAGUAAAUAUAUUAUAGAGACACCUCAUAAGAAAUGUCAUGGUCUUUUUCCUUUCUUGCACCUGCCAGCUUGUGCUGUGUUUUCCAUGUUGUGUUUAGAUUUUUCUCACCUGUUCUACUGAGAGAGACAGUUCAUUGGCAUAUCAUUUUCCCACUGAAGUCUUGCCUUUCCAGGGUUUGGAGCCCUCCUCUUCUCCAGCAUAUAAAAAUAACAAUUAAAUUCAUGAGAACUCUGGACUUAUAUGCAGAUGCUUACUUAUGUUGACUUUAUUUACAGUAUUCUUCCAGUAUGCCAAUUAAUGUGUGUGUCACGGUACAUAUGUUAGAAUAUUUAAAAUGUUGGACUCUUACAGCUAAUCCAGAAAUAAAAUUGCAUUUGCCAAAUG